AUCGGACUUUUUUGAGUUUAUUAUCGUCUCUUGUUCAUAGUGACUCCCUAAGCAAGAAGUGUAAGAUGAAGGGUUACGUCUGCGGGAUCCUGUUGCUGAUGUGCAUGGCGCAGGUUCACUCCGACCCUGAAUUUGAGGCUGAGGCUGAGGCUGAGGCUGAGGCUGAGGCUGAGGCUGAGGCUGAGCCUGAGCCUGAGGCCGAGGCCUAUCCCCUUGCUACGCAAGUACGAGAUGGCUGCCUGUUUGGAUCUGAAAUUCUGGGUAUAGGCUCACAUACGUUUCAUCCAUGCAUGGAGAUGAUUUGUGAUAUGAAUGGUCAAAUAACUUUCCACUCAUGCCCUAGAUACGAUUGCAGUCAUUUGGCUGCAACUCACAGAAUAAAACAUUGGCUGCCCCAGGAUGACAGCAAAAAUUAUCCAUAUUGCUGUCCACAAGCGGUCUGUGAGCGUUAUAAGACACCCGAUUACACAUCGUAUCUUCGUCGACAACCCGCCGGUAACCCUGUAGCGAUGCCUGAGUAAGAUUCGUCGCGUAACAAUGCGUACUCUUUAUCUGGAAAUGUUAUGAAUAAAUACCGUUUUUGCCGAAUUCAUC